AGCCAGGUGUAUGUGUGUGUGUGAGCACGUAUGUACGAGUGCGUGUGCGUGUGUGUAGGAGCCACCGUCACCAGCACCAGUAACUCAGAGUCUGGCCAGCAGUGUACGCAGAGACCCGGUAAGAUGCGGGACUACAGACCCACCUACAGGAGCCACUCAAGGCUGGUAUCGAAAUCACAGAAGACGGUGAAGAAGGGGGAGGUGAUCCUGACCUCUGAACCCUUCGCCCACGUGAUCAACUUCGAGUACUCCUCCAUGUACUGUAACCACUGCCUCGGCUCACACAAAACCAAGAUGAUCCACAUGUGUCAAGGAUGCCGCAAGAAUUGGUACUGCAGCGAUGAAUGUGAGAGACUAUCCUGGCCUAUCCACCGGUACGAGUGUGACAACCUUAAGAGGCUCGACCCCUACACUCCUCCAGACUUCGUGAGGCUUAUGGCCAGGGUCAUCCUUAGGCUCAGGGACGGAGGCGAUAAAAUAGUGGAAAAGUAUUCACAAAGGGAAGGGAGAAGGUUCAGAGAUCUUAUGAACCGUAAGUUAUGGCCACAACAGAACUACGCAGACGUCAAGAACAACGAGGAACGGAAGCAGGACGCCGACUACCUGCUGGGGGAGCUGAAGAAGUACAUUGGCGAGGACUUCCUUCCCAAUUACUCCGACUUUCUGGGUAUAUACGGCAGGAUGCUGGUCAACAGAUUCUGCCUGUUGGACAAGACCAUGAUGAACAUAGGCUCGGCCAUGUAUCUCUCGGCUUCCAUCUUCGACCACGCCUGCAAGCCUAACUGCUACAUCUCCUUCGACGGGAAGAACGUGCAGAUCAGAGCCCUCGUCGAUAUGCCUAACUUUAGCUAUAGCAAGUGUCGGAUCAGCUACACCGACCCUGUCUGCAGCGUCACUAGCCGUCGGGAGAACCUCUACAAGAAAUGGUUCUUCUGGUGUGACUGUAGCUUCUGUCACGACGAAGGGAGAGUCAAGUUCGAGAACACCAUCAAGUGUGAAAAUGUUAACUGCCAGGCGCCCGUGACUGUCCCUGAAAUGAGCAGAUGGAAGCGUGCAGCGUGGCAACAAAAGGCCACCACGAACGGUGAACAACAGAAGGAGACAACGAAAGAUGAACAACAGAAGACAUGGGGCAAUGAAAUACAGCGGAAGCCAUCAACGGAGGAAAAACAGCGUGACAAACAACAGCAAAACGGGAAACAACAGCGAGACAACCAGCGUCAGGAGGAAGAGGAGGAGGAGCCACCGGCGUGCAGUGUGUGUAACUGUCCCGUCAGCGACCUAGCCAUCAGACAAUACCAGCUGGCCGUCACCUUCACUAAAGAGAAACUCAGUACCAUGUCCGAGGAGAACCCCACCCUGGAGAGCUGCUUGGAGAUCCUGGAGAAGCAGGACAACUUCUCCAGUAUGAACGUGUGGAGAGUUCGCACGACGGACUUCGCUUUCAACGCCUGUGUGUACAAUGGCUGCUGGAUCCGCGCCCUUACCUACGGCGAAGAGAACCUGUGUGGUAUGAGGUACUACUACGGGUCGGAACAUCCUACCCUCGGCCUCUUCCUCUUCAAGUUAGGUAAAGCAAAGAUCUACUUCAAGGAAUUCCGAGACGGUAUCCGCUGUCUGGAGGAAGCUGAACCACACGUCGUUAAUGGUCUGGGCCCCAACCACCCCAUCGUCGAGGAUCUCAGACUCACCAGUCUUAUGGCGAACGAGGACAUUGAAAUCUGCUUAGAGAGACGCAUAGCAGCUGCCAACAAACGACAGAUGGAGAUAACGGCGAAGGAAAAUAAUGUCUUCAACUACAAGAGGGAAUUAGAGAAGAUCUUCAAGUACACAAGCCCCGUCGCUUAGUGUAGGACUGACACACACACACACACACACACCACUUAAAGAAAAAUUAUCCCCUUAAAAUCAAGUAAAAUCUUCAAAAAUUCCGACAGGACAAAUUGCUCUAUACAAACAGGGAAGGAAAUAAAUGGAAACAGGAAAAUAAACAUACUGUACCCCCUCCACCUCCCCACCCAUCUCCAUGAUAAUUCUCAACAUCUCUUGGAGGGCUUGUAGUGGCCAAAGAACGAUACUAGACUUUAUAAAAAUAAAUAAAUAAUAAAUAAGACUUGCUGUUCAGGUAACGUCAAGCCAUAUUUACGGGUUACGUAAAUAGUUAUAAAAAGGUGGGCAAAAAAAAAAAUAUCAACGCGAUAAUGUAAACCUGAUCUACACCAAUCACGUUAACCACAACGUAUCUAUCGGGGCUAUAGUUAAUGUUGCCUCCUUCCAUUACAUUAAACCUUAUUUUUUUUAUACAAUCAUCCACACAUUCACCAUAAUAAUAAUAGGAGUUAAUUAAGUGUUUCAACAUAUAGUAAUUAUUAUAUACCUGUCCAUCCUAACACAAAGGUGAACUCUAUGAGGUAAGAUAAUAAUGACUCAACAUGAAAUAAAGUUCUAUACCCAAAGUAUUAUAGAUUAUGAAGUGUUGAGUAUAAUAAUGUUUCUUAUCGUCUCAAGAUGCCCAUAAUUAUGUAACUCAGGCGGAUAUAAAAUCUCAUAAAACUCAAUCACUCAAGCAUUAUUAUUAUUAACAUUUUGGAUUCACUGUGUUUCUGCUCUGUCUGGACUUACAAUUAACUGCUAAAAUAUAGAGGCUAUUUGUGUGUCCAAUUAAUAGACUUUUGGACUUGGCUUAAAAGCAUUAUAUCUUAUGGAAACAGUUUGUAUUAAUAGCUAAAAGGCAAAACAGAUCUGCUACAGCGUUAAUCUUUCUAUCAUAACCAAUACUGUUAUUUCAUCUGUUUUAUAUACAUUAGUUGUAGAUUCUGUGUAUAUAAAUUGGUCAAGAAUCACUGUAUAUAUCCUGCAUAUAAAUCUCUUCCUGUUAGCGUUAGUUUGUAUUUUUCCUUCAAUUAAAUGGUAAAAAUUU